UUUAAAGACGACUGGACAGAGAAGUAUGCUUUUAUUUUACCCCAGUCCAGCGCGAAGCCGUUUUGUUUAAUUUGCAGCGAGACAGUUGGAGUUGUGAAGAGUGGAAAUGUCAAACGCCACUAUGAAACGAAACACAGAUAUUUUGAACAGCAGUAUCCACAGAAUACAGAGGUGAGGACAAUAAAAUUACGACAGCUAAAGUCUUCAUAUGAAUCAGCAAAUAAGUUGCUUGUGAGAGCUCUGACACAUCAAGAGAGAGCUACAGAAGCCUCUUUCCGUGUGGCCUGGGUACUAGGUAAAAACAAAAAGCCUUUUUCUGAUGCAGAGGUAGUAAAAGAGUGUUUUGUUGAGAUAGCAGAGGCUUUGUUUGAGGGAAAGGAGAGACAGGAGAUGUCAGAGAAAUUUAAGAAAAUUCCAUUAUCCAAUGAUACCUUAACUAGGAGGACUGAGAUACUUGCACAUGAUUUAGUUAAGCAGUUAGCUGAUGACAUCAAAGAUGCACCCUGCCUUUCACUUGCAGUAGAUGAGUCAACAGAUGGCACAGACCAAGCCCAGCUAUGUGUGUUUGUCAGAUACUUCAGCAAGGCAAAGGGGACAUUCUGUGAAGACUUACUGGGCCUUACACCACUCUGUCACACUAAAGGAGAGGACAUCUAUGAAGCUAUCAUGCAGAUGCUUAAUGAAAUAGGAACUGAUGUCAAAAAUGUUGUGUCCAUCACUUCUGACGGUGCUCCAGCUAUGAUAGGGAAGGAGAAGGGAGCUGUUCAGCGUCUGAAAGAGAAGCAUGUAGACCUGCUGACAUACCACUGUAUAAUACACCAGUCUGUGCUGUGUGCUAGCCUAGGAAAAGAAUAUGCAGGCGUCAUGGAAACUACUAUGAAGCUUGUGAAUUACCUCAGAGCAUCUUCUGCCCUUCAGCACCGUCUUCUGCGAGCAUUCCUGACUGACGUAAAUGCUGCAUAUAAUGACUUACUCCUUCAUAACAAUGUGAGGUGGCUGAGUAAGGGAAAGGUCCUGGAGAGGUUUUGGGCCAUCAGGAAAGAUUUGGAGAUGUUUUUGUCUCAGCAAAAGAAUGUCAAAGCCAGGCAUUUCUUGGAUUUUUUGAAGAAUGAUGACAACUUGGAGCUUGUGGCCUUUUUAGUGGACAUAACAGCUCAUCUAAAUGAACUUAAUCUGAAGCUCCAGGGCCAAGGCAACACAGUGUGUGAUCUGAUAGCAGCUGUACGCUCCUUUGAAAGGCGUCUGGAGAUCUUUAAGAGUGACAUCACAGGGCCACAUAUUCACUUUCCAACUCUUCUCCAGCAGACUAAUGGUAAUCACCAUUAUCACCAUCUUUCCUUUUUGGAGAAGCUAGCUAAAAAUUUCAGGCAGCGCUUUGAAGACUUCAAUGUAGGCAGACAAGUGCUGCUUUGCAUUACAUCUCCAUUCCUGGAAAAUGUGGCUUUGCAGGAAGUGGAGUGCGACACUUUUACCUUUUGGACUAAAAUGGUCACAGCUGAAAAUGUUUCCAACCAACAGAAGGUAGCCAUCUAUGUUCUUGCCAUGUUUGGAUCGACCUAUCGGUGUGAAGCUGCAUUCUCAGCAAUGAAUGUUGUAAAGAACUCAUACCGCAGCAACUUGACUGAUGAACAUUUAGGUCAGUGUCUCCAUCAAGCAACUACACAUUUUUUGCAGUGGUUUAGGCAUCUGAUGAAAGACAAACAGUGCCACUUCUCUUAG